CAGUGUGGAUCUGAAAGCGGGGCGGGGUUUAGGCGUUCCGUGUGCGCGUCAUGCUUCAAUAAAAACGAACAACGGACGCGCGCUCACGCGAGGAAGUUCAGCCGCGGGACCCAGACAGCAUCUCAGCAGUUACUCACCUCAUCAUAGCUCCCAGAAAAUAAUGGGAGGAGCAGUGGUGGAUGAUGGACCUCCUGGAGUGAAGGCGCCAGAUGGAGGCUGGGGUUGGGCAGUGUUGGCAGGAUGCUUCGUCAUCACUGGCUUCUCAUAUGCUUUCCCGAAGGCUGUCAGCAUCUUCUUCAAGGACCUUAUUCAAGAGUUUGAGGUUGGCUACAGUGCCACUGCUUGGAUCUCCUCAAUACUGCUUGCCAUGCUAUAUGGCACAGGCCCUCUGUGCAGUGUGCUGGUGAACAGAUUUGGCUGUCGGCCAGUGAUGAUGGUUGGAGGAGUCUUUGCUUCAGUGGGAAUGAUUCUGGCUUCCUUUGCCAAAAGCAUCACACACAUUUACCUCUGCACUGGAGUUAUUACAGGUCUGGGUCUAGCAAUGAACUUCCAGCCAUCUCUGAUAAUGUUGAACUGCUACUUCAGUGAGAAGCGUCCUCUAGCCAAUGGCCUGGCAGCAGCAGGCAGCCCUGUGGCGCUAUGCUGUCUCUCCCCAUUGGGGCAGACUCUCCAAAACCAGUAUGGCUGGCGGGGUGGAUUCCUUAUACUAGGAGGCAUGCUGUUCAACUGCUGUGCCUGUGGUGCUCUCAUGCGGCCUCUGUCAACCCCUAAGAAGUCCCAGAUGCUGGAAGAAAACACUCUGAUGGCUGCAGACAAACCAAAGGCAAAGAAGAAACUAUUAGACUUCAGUGUGUUCAAGGAUAGAGGUUUUGUAAUCUAUGCCAUUGCAGCUUCUGUUAUGGUGCUAGGCUUGUUUGUGCCGCCUGUGUUUGUGGUCAGUUAUGCUAAAGGCCUUGGCUACAAGGACACCAACUCGGCACUGCUGCUCUCGAUCUUAGGAUUUGUUGAUAUGUUUGCCCGACCUGCAUCAGGACUCAUAGCAGGCAUGAAGCGUGUGCGACCUCGAAGCGUCUACCUCUUCAGCUUUGCUAUGAUCUUCAAUGGCUGCACCGACAUCAUAGGAUCGCAGGCAAAGAACUAUGUUGGUCUGGUGGUCUUCUGUAUUUUCUUUGGUAUAUCAUAUGGGAUGGUUGGAGCACUUCAGUUUGAGGUCCUCAUGGCCAUUGUGGGGAAAGAGAAGUUUUCCAGUGCCAUCGGCCUGGUGCUGCUAAUGGAAGCUGUUGCUGUGCUGGUGGGACCUCCUGGAGCAGGUCGGCUCUUGGACGCUACCCAUCAGUACAUGUACGUGUUCCUGUUGGCGGGCUGUGAAGUCACAGUUUCUGCCUUUGUCAUCGCCACUGGGAACUUUCUUUGCAUUAGGAGGGAACGAGAAGAUGGACAGGCUAAGAUUGAGAUGGCUGUAAGUGCUGCUGAGCUGGAGGGCCUCAACCAGGCGGGAAACGAAGAACACGACGGAGGCAAAAAGGAGCAGACGGGAAAAGAAAAUGGAAAAGUCCGUGUUUUGAAAGGGCAGGAAGACAUGACUGUGACGGAGGCACCGGAAGACACCGGGAAUUAACAUUAGUAUUAACGAGAUAGCAUAAAUUGUACCAAUAGGACACAGAAAGAACUGAUGAUACAGU